AGCGCUGGGGCUGGCGCAGGGCGCGCGGGUCUGGGUCGGCUGCUGAGGGAUUGAGAGUCCGCGAGGGAGGGGGGGGGCAGCUCGCCGCCGCCUUGCCUCUGUGUGAGGAUUAGGCGCAGCCGUCUUGCGUGGCUCUUUCUCGAGCGCAAGAUGAGCACGCGGGGGGAAGAGUUGAGGCAAGUUCCCGGCACCGGCGGGUGAGUCACGCUUUGGACCCGGCAGCGCUGCCUCUCCUUGCCCGCGAAGACAGGCUGGCCCGGGGCGUGAGGGAGCAGCAGGUCCUGCAAUAGGCGGCGAGCGAGCCUCUUGGGUGCCUCUUCAUAGCUGCCAAGUUUUCGCUUUUCUCGCGAGGAAGCCUAUUCAGCAUAAGGGAAAAUCCCUGUAAAAAAGGGAUAACUUGGCAGCUAUGGUGCCUCUUCCAAGGGUCGCGGCGGAGGAGACCGGCCGGGUUCCUCUCGCCUCCGCUGCGAGCUUCGCCGUUGCCUUUCCUUGCGCCUUUGAAGGGGGCAAAUCAGCAGGUGGAGAAAGGGAAAGGGAGCUUGCUUCAGCUGCAAUCCUUUCUGAGCAGCCCUGACAAGCACACACACAGAGAAGCCAUCCCUCUGCAGAGGCGUCUCCUUUAGGCAGGUUGCUGCCAGUCUUGAAUGGGUGGAGAGCUGUUUCUCUUUUUUUCAGCAGCCUGCCUUGACGGACACUUUUCUGAAAUGGGCUUCAGAGGCCCUUUAUGAAGUUGACCUGAGUGGAUUUAGAAACACGGAAGAAUCCAGCAGGAUCCAAACAGGUUAGAAACCUAAUCUGGUUUCCGACUGGAACCUGCUAAUAUCCUCUCAAGUUCUCUACUUUGAACAAACUACAGUUUUUUACCCCUUUGAGGAUUUUUCAGAUUUUUCACUAAAGUGGGCAAAAGGACAGCAGGCAAGAUACCUCCUUUUCAAAGGAGCACCUUCUAUCUAUAGAAUCAAGGGAUCGCUUUUAACAAGUUGCUAGUCCCUGUGAUUUUCAGAGAGAGGGAAAGCACCAGCUACAGUAAUCUCAGUUUUUUAAAUUCCACCUUUACCUGUUAGACUCCGUUGGCAACAACCCAUCUCCAAAUGGAAUAUUUAAUUCUCCUAGCUUUAUGAAUACUCACUGAUCUCCCCCAAUGCAAGGCCUGUCUUUGGAAAUGGCAGUAUUUGGCAUAUGAUGUGUAACUUAUUUCUGUCUAUUCCAAAUGCAGCUGACUCCAUAGGUUUGGUCCAGUAAUUUGGGGAGGGAGGCAGCUUCACAUAGAGUUAAAAACAUAGGAUGGUAUUCAACCAGCUCAGAAUGGACUCAUUGAAAUUAAUGCACAAGACCAAGGUUGAUUAAUUUCCAUGGGUCUACUCCUAGUUAAAAUCACUUGAGUACCACCCAUUGGAUUGUAUCCUUCAAAGUCAUGUGCUGGAAACUAUUUGCCUUCCAGAUGUUGCUGAAGCACAACUCCCAUCAGUCCCGGCAAGAAUGCCCAAUGGCCUGGGAUGUUGGGAGUUGUACCUCAGCAACAUUUGGAGGCCCAAAAGUUUAGCACAUCUGAUGCAAUUCACAUCUUAACCUAAAUCCAUUGAUUUCAGUGGGUCUCUUCUGAGUAUGACAACUUGUGGGUGUGGGCAAUUUAAAUCCACCCUUCCCCAACAAGAGCCAAGUGAUUCUCAUCCUUGAUGGCUAGCAUGUUAAGUCUUCGCCAAGAACUCUUAAGUGAUUCAUGGGUGAUGCUUUGGCAGUACAUUUAAAGUUCAUAAAUGAUUGAAAAUUCAAGCAUGCCAUUACAUUCUCUCUGGUCCCGGUGUUAAGUGAGCCUUGGCUUCUUUUGUUCCUUCAUGUUUCUCACAGAGUUAAAGUACUUGUUUGCUAUUUUGGUGCAAUGUGUAAAUGGGACAUUGUUGACUUUACUGCAUAUUUUCUGGAUGAUGGUAACUAUGAGGUGCUGAGUGAACUUUCCCUGUUAACUUUCUCUUGCCUUGGUUUUGACCACUCCUACACCUGGAGAGGAACCAGUUGAACUAUGGCUUGCCUUUCUCUUGAAUGUGGCCUGCAUAGAUUGUGAAUGUGGCCAACAUGGAUAUUGUGUGUUGGACAUUCUGAAGUUCUGGUUGCUAAAUCAAUGAUUAUCAGAAGCAGAAUGGUUUUUAUUGGAUUUCUCAUUUGUCCUAAACCAUAAGGUUCCAGGUUACGACAGUACUUAUUUAUUUUUUAUAAUCUGUUAAAACAGUUUGCAGUCAGGAUAUAUAUUUGGAGUGACAAAGGCCAGGGUAAAAAGGUGAAAGUAGUAUGGGAGUCUAUUGUGAGUUGCAUUCUUAUUAUGAAUGUUCUUACUUCCAAUUCUAAAAUUCGAUUAUGCUAGCUUUUAUCCAGAAUUGAAGUAAAAGCGUUAAAAUUGCGGUGGUUUAUUGCUCUUCACUUUUUUGUCGCAAGUGACCUGCUAAUAAUGUUAAUAAAGGCUUAAAAAUUAAAAACAAACUAGUGACUCACUUGAUAGUGAUAUUCAUUUUAAUAAUAUUAAUUGAAACUGUGUAUGCGGGGGGUCUUAGUUUACUUUUAAGCAUCACCUUUCUAAAACGAAUGUCUGCUUCUGGCUUAUUUAGCAAAGCACUGUGUGUGCUUUAUGGAAUGCCGGAUAUCUUUUUCCAGGCAUUAAUAAAUCAACUGCUGACGGAAUAAACAACACAAAUAGUUAAAUUAAGGUCCAAGGCUAAGUGCAAAGCUAUAAUUUCCUGUAACUCCUUUGUAAAGUUUGUGCAACUAUUUUCUGAUGUUGCUGAAUAUGACAGUUGGAUUUGGUCUAUCCAUCCUGGGUUCUGAUUUGUCUGCACGUGUUGGAUGUAAGGAAGAAUGUCAACUUAGCAUGGGUUAGGUACUCACAUCACUAUGUGACUGUAUUAUUUGGCCUGGGCAUGCUGGAUUCUAUGUGCAGAGGUGCCACUUACAUGUGAUAUUCAACCAUUGUAGAUAAGCUGGGUGAGGUUUAGGCAAUGUGUGUGGAAGGGAGCUGAGCCUGGUGGUUGCAAUCCUGAUGCCGUGCUGCACAUUCCGUACAUCCGUUAAUUUGGGGUAAAGGACUUUCUGCUUCCAAACUAUUAAUGCAAGAGUGCUUUCCCGAAAGUCAGUGAUCAAUACAGCAUAGAUAUGGAUUGUGGCUAACACCGCCUGUUAGCUGCUUCCCAAACCAGCAGUUGGAACACAGUGGGUGCAGAAUAAAUGCGAGUAUUCCAGAAUUCAAGAACCUUUUAAAAAUAUAUAUAUAAAAAAUCAUGUUUGAAAUUGUUGUUUAAUCUUCAAGAGUCAGUGCUGAAUUGGUAGGUGCUAGGCCUUAAGAAUUGCCACACACACACACACACACACACACACACAGAGAGAGAGAGAGAGAGAGAGAGAGAGAGAGAAGCUACAUUUGGAAGAGCACUGUGUAUAUUUCAUGGGUGCCAACUCCCUGGGGCCCUGGGUGCUCGAACACCCACAAAAUUCCCUAUGAAGGUGCUAGGCACCCACAAAUUUGGAUGCAAGGGCCAUGCAUGCUGCAUGACACCCAUGACCCCAGGCACCCAUGGUCACGGCGAAUGAGAGAUAAUCUGGAAUUUCUAAUUGUAAUCCAAUGCAAUCCAAGAUAUUUGCAAUCCAAUAUGUUUUAAUAUGUUGCAGUCCAAUUUCCAAAUUAGGAAUUUCAAGAGAUAUGUUUCCAAAAGUGCCAGAUAAUGUUGGAAAGUUGCUUGCUGGCAGAUAAUAUUGCAAUAAAACCCCGGUCUUCCGUAAACACUUUUAAUCCAACCCAGCUCUAGCUGUUCCAGGGUCUUUUCCCUUCCUGGGACAUUCCUCCCCCAAAAUAGGUGGAGAAUUGUCCUGCUAGCUUCGGUUUGUGCCUCCAAAUUCUAGGGUUUAAAGUUUUAAUUCCUGUAUUUCCAAGCCUCACUUUAAACAGGAGGGUUUUUUGUUUUGUUUUUUGUUUGCUGCUCUGCCAGGUAUCACUCAGUCUGUCAAAUUGUAUCUCUGCUCAGCUGUCAACUUGUAUUUCAAAGUUGCUCUAUUGACAAAUAACCAAACAGAAUUGUAUCCAAUAUGUAUCCAAAAGAAGGGAAGUCUCUUAUAUUCAAAGUUGCUAAAUUGUCUCCAUUAGCUGCUACUACUGUGCUCUGCUCCCAUUCACACAAAAAUCCCCUUUGCUGAGCCUGUCCGCAGAAAAUGGAAGCUGACUUAAUUAAUUUAGGCCCAAUUUCUUCUUUAAAGCUUUAAUUUGGUCUUUACCUCUAAUCAGAAAAUUCGCUGCUUACGGUGACGGCAUGUGCCUUCAGCUGAAGGGUACGGUGAAGCUCCAGCCUCUUCCCCUUCUCCCUUCGCAGAACGGUGAUGGGUAGAUGUGGGUCGCACUCCGCUGGACCCUUAGACCCCCCCCCACUUGCACGCACCCCCAAGAGCCCUUACAGCUAGAACUGUCAUCCCUUAAGCGGACGACACAGAGCGUGCCGCCAUUGCCUCCGCAGCAAACCGGAAGUUCUGGGGGCAUUUGUACGUUUCAUUUAUUUACAACUAAAUACUACUACACUGCUGUUUGAUUUCAGGUGGCUUACAAUCAUCUACCGUGUUUCUCAUAUUAUAAGACAUGUCUUAUAUUUAUUUUUUCCUCAAAAAAACACACUAUGGCUUAUUUUCAAGGGAUGUCUUAUUUUUUUCCUCCUCCUCCUGCCGCGUCCGGCAUUGCUGCUGCGCCUAUCACUAUGUCUUAUUUUCGGGGUAUGGCUUAUAUUCCUUGAAUGCUUAAAAAUCCUGCUAUGGCUUAUUUUAUGGGCAUGUCUUAAAAUAUGAGAAACAGGGUAACAUCCCAGUAACACAGCACAGUAAGCAAUACCUCAUUAUCCAAGGUUGACCGAUUUUAACUUUAAUCCUGCUUUGUGCCAUUUUUUAUUAGGAAAGAAAUUAGACUGCAAGUCUUGUAAAUUUGUCACGCCUCUCUUAAAAACUGGUGCCACAUUGGUUGCCUUCCAACCCUCCUGUGAGGAUUUUGAAUUUAAAGACAUUUUACAUUUUUAGCAUUAGAUGACCAACUGCUUCACAUUUUUAUGUUAUUUAUGAACUCCUCAUGCUAUCCAGACCGAGGGUUGGCUUUUAAUGUGGUGUUUAGCCCUAGAAUUUUAAUCGUAUUUUUAUCCAACAUCCUUUGCAGAGAAACCAGAAGCAAAUAUUCUGUUUCUCUCCAAAGUCCUUUUCAAAAUUGUGUUUUCUAAUGGUCUGACACUCCCAGGCUCGCUCACUGCUUGUGAUUUUAAAGAAAUUUGUAUCUCUCCCCCCCCCCCCCCGUGCCUAUAACAAUAUGCUCAAAUAUCAUCUCAUGUGCCUCACUGGUAACUUGUUUUAGGAGAGCUUAUUUUCUCUUUUUUGUUCUCUUUAUUUGGAUGAGACUUGCACUUUUUAAAGAAAAGAGUAUUGGCUUUUGCAGCUCUAUUGAUGCGCAUUACUAACCACACGAACAUUCUGUUGGGCGUCUUUCUUAAUCCGUGGUGUGCCCUCCAGACAAGCUUUAAAUAACCUCCAAGACUCCUGAAUACUUUCCCUUUCAACUUCCUUAUAAUGCAUCUCCACCAUUUGGAGGAAUUUUCCUCUCUUUAAAUUAAACGUGACCCUGUUGAACCUUGUUGGUGGCUUCUCACUCCCAUUUAAGUUGAUUUGAUAGCACUGUAGUUACUGUUCCAUGCUAGUUUGGAAGCAUCUUCGUCUUGUACCAGAUCCGAAGUAUCUCCAAGAAUGAAGGACCUCUCAAUUUCAGCUGUAUAGAACAAGGGUCAGCAAACUUUUUCAGCAGGGAGCUGGUCCACUGUCCCUCAGACCUUGUAGGGGGCCCGGACUAUAUUUUGAAAAAAUAAAUAAAUGAACGAAUUCCUAUGCCCCACAAACAACCCAGAGUUGCAUUUCAAAUAAAAGGACACAUUCUACUCAUGUAAAAACACGCUGAUUUCCGGACUGUCUGCAGGCCAGAUUUAGAAGACGAUUGGGCCAGAUUUGGCCCCUGGGCCUUAGUUUGCCUACUGUUAGGGAACCUUCCUACAGGGAGCCUCCCCCCACCCUGCUGACCAGCACUUCACCCAGCGAGAGCAGCAGCAGUGGGUCAGGUGGGGGGAAUGAGGAAGUUAGCGGGAUGGAGGAAGCAAGGCUCAGUGAUGUGGGAGAGCCCUUGUGCCGCCUUGACCAAGAGGUGGAGGGGAACAGGCAGCCCCUUCCGGCGCCUGAAUUAAGGCGCGCCACUAAACAUAAGGUUGGGAGGAGGCAUUUUGGAGUGCCCAAGCUCUUAUGCUGGCCACGCAGCAGGAAACGUCCACUCCUGGAUUCUGCGAGUGAUAGGAGGUCAUAUUUUCUGCUAUCUCUGCACUGUAAAUAUUAUGCACAAUAAAACCGUUAAAGACAAGUACAGACUUGGGCAUCUUUACUCAAGAGUAGCCGCAACAACACCAUUACACCUACCCAUGGUAUAGGAUGAAACUUGACAGAAAAUCUAAUUUUGUUUAUUCUGGUCAACAAGAAAAACAAUGCUAGAAGAAUUUAUUCUUAUUAUCCACUUCCAAGGAGAAUAGAUCGUCUAAGUAUCCCUGUUUUCCAGGAACAGUCCUGGAUUUACAGAAGCCACCCCGAUUUCUGAUUUGAUCCUGGAAUCUCCCACUUUUCCUUAGGACAUCCCCAGGGCUUUUUAAAGCCAGAACUCACCAGAACUGAGUUCUGGCACUUCUCAGGUGGGCACCAUGGCCAUUCUAAGAGAACAAAGUGAGUUCCAGCACUACUUUUUCUAUAGCACUGGAUGUUCCUAUUUUCAUUGGAGAAAUGUUGGCAGGGACGUAUCUGUUUACAUCGGAGAAAUGUUGGAGGGUAUGGUAUCGUGAAGGCCAAACUGCCUAACGUAUACAGCAUGUUUAGCAGUGACCACUACUUUCCCCCAGAAAAAGCAACGAUGUGAAAUCUCCCAUGCAGCACAUUUGCAACUCUUGUGAAUGUAGAAUAUUGGGGGAGGAGCUAAUGAAGUGUCAUGAUCAGCUGUGGAAUGUUGUUCGUGGCAGUACUUCUUCCGAGGUAGUGUUUUUCAACCUGGUGCCCUCCAGAUGUGAUUUGGGUGAUGGUUGAGCUGUUGAUGCAGCCUGGAAAUUACUGAUAUCUCUCAAUUUGUGAAUGUAUAUAGAUUGGUAUGGCAGAAGCCAAGCUUGACAUGAACUUUCAAAUAGCUGCUUGCUUGGUGGGGAGUAUCACUUUUAAAAACCCUUUCAACCCUCUGAUGUAAAUUAGGCUGAGAGAAGGACACACAUAGGGUCCAGGAUCUGAAACCAAAUUCAUUUCAUUCAUCAGGUGAUCAAACAGGGUUCUUUAUGAAAUGUUUCUUCUUUUACACCACUGGUGGCUGGUAGGUACCGGUAAGUGUGGCUGUACUAGUUAUUUUUGUGGGCUUCAUGUUUAUUUGACUUUCUUCUAAAUGCAAUAGUCCUAGCAUUGAAUAUGUCAUCCUUCUCCCUUUAUACAUAUGGUGAACAUUUUGGCUGUAGCAGAGAAUUUUAGAAAGCUAUUGCAGACCUGAAUAUCUUUCCUUUCCUUUACCAGCAGAAGAUGAUAUCCGUAUUGCAGCUCUUAUGCUGGAUCUGUCUGGCUUCUUCUUCGUCCAGUAUUUGUGUACGCUUAGCGACCAAUGUGCGUGCAGGAGAGCCUGGGGCCAUCUGCUGUCCACUGCUGUCUUCUAAACAAUCCAGUUACUCUGUGACUUGGUACAUAAAUGGUAGUGAUAUACCCAUAACUACGGAUAAUUACAGCAGGAUCCAUCAACGAGGAGACAGGCUUUGGUUUAGCCCUGCAAUGAUAGAAGACUCGGGAUUUUAUGAGUGUCGCAUUCAAAAUUCAACAAGAGAUAGGAAGGAACUUCGUGUUUUCAAAAACGAUGAUGGUUUAUGCUAUAAUAGAAAUUACGUUUAUCCACAAAGAAUACAUUUGCACAAUACUGGAAAGUUGACAUGUCCCGACCUCCAGAAUUUUGAAAGUGAAAGGACUCCACUUCAUUGGUUCAAGGCAUGCACUCCUGGAUUACCUGAAGAUGGGAGAUUUAGCCAUUUUGAGGAUUUCCUUGCAAUUAAAAAUGCAACGGAGAAAGACAAAGGAGUGUAUUUAUGCCAGCUGACAUACACCUAUCUGGGAAGGCAAUUGAAUGUAUCUCGUGCCAUUAGUCUAACUCUUUUUGGGCCUCCAAAGAGAAUACCUCUGGACAUCAUUUAUCCAAACAAUAAUUCAGUCGAAGUAGAACUUGGGUCCAGUAUUGCCGUGACCUGUAAUGCCUCAUCGGGUAUUUGGGACGAACCAUAUGUAUCCUGGAACCUUGAGGAUAACUCUACUCAGGAUUUAAAAGCAACACUCACACAGUCUCUGGAUAAGUCACCUAAUGGAGAACUUCAGCUAGUGAGAGAAAAGUUUAAUAUUUCUGUAGUGAAACCUAAACACUACAAAAAAUACUACUGCACUGUAUGGUCUAUUAGAACUGCUCAAAGAGUUGUAUACAUCAUGCUAAAACCCCCAGCUCGAAACUUUCAGGGUUAUUUGAUUGGAGGUCUUGUUUCCCCGCUUCUUGUUAUACUGGCAGCUCUGCUCAUCUACAAGUUUUUCAAAGUUGACAUUGUGCUUUGGUAUCGGGAGUCCUGCCAGGUUCUUCUCGGUAAAAGAGUUUCAGACGAGAAGCUCUACGAUGCAUAUGUGUUGUAUCCCAAAAAUUUAGCCAACUGUGCAUAUUCAUCUGAUAUCUUUGUCCUGAAAGCAUUGCCUGAAGUCUUAGAAAAGCAAUGUGGCUAUAAGCUCUUUAUAUGUGGAAGGGAUGAUCUGCCAGGGCAAGCGCUGGUCAGCGUUGCUGACGAAACUCUGAAGCAAUGCAGAAGAGUGAUCAUUGUGUUGGUACCGGAUUCAUCCUGCUUCAGCGCGCAGAGACUGACCUCUGAGCAUGAAAUUGCAAUGUACAGCGCUCUUAUUCGGGAUGGAGUUAAAGUGAUACUGAUUGAGCUGGAUAAAAUAAAAGACUAUGACAACAUGCCGGAAUCAUUAAAAUACCUUAAACAAAAACAUGGAGUGCUCAGGUGGAAAGAGGGUCUUUCGGAGAAAUCUCAAAGGGCAUCAACAAAGUUUUGGAAAAAUGUAAGGUACCAAAUGCCAGCCAGCCAAAGACCACCUUCCUCGGAGUUUCGUUUGCUGCCAGUACUUUUUAACUCUUCUUGGGUACCAGAAGGGCCAUAACAAGACCACAUAUGCACUGUUCUCUUGAACAUGUUCAAACAAGGGGCGCAAGGCAUGGUUCCAGGUGUGCUGCAUGAAUAACCCUAGAAAGUGGGUGUUGAGAGUUGCAAUUCCUAGGAAGGUCUACUUUUGAUCACUUGGGAAGAGCCUUCUCUACCAGGAUGCGAUCAGCCACGGAUGAAGAAAGCUUUCGGUUUGGUUCAGCGAGUUCCUUGGACAAGUGGCAAAAUGUGAAUGCUGGAGCCAAAAAUUGUUUUACAGAGGAAGGAAGCGAAUGUGAAGGAAACUGUGUGUCCACCCCCCCCCCCCAUGUGCAGACUUUAUACAUAGUCAGGUUUUAAUCUGAAACAUAAGGGCUCACUUGGAACAGCAAUUCUAGCUUGUUUCACUUGCUCAAUACCUGUUCGUCCCCCUUUUAAAGGAUAAUUCCAUAUACUAUGCAUAUUAUUACGGUAUCUCCCAAGGAGAAAAACAGUAAGAGAGCACCAUAUUUUUUGGGUGGAUUGUCUUACCAGUGAGCAGAUGCAAAAGCAAGUGAAUUCUCUAUGAUUUAUUCACAUUUUAAUUAAAUUGUAAUGCCAUAGUCUUUAAUGCAGCAAAAAAAAAUCACACGAGUGACUUUAAGUGAAGUUAUUAGAUGGUAAUUAUUUUUUUACACUUCUGAAAGGAUUAUUUGCAUAAUGUUUCGAAAUGGCCAAACAUUUGCAAACUCACGAGCACUUUAACUGUAUCUCUAUACUGUAAUAUGAAAUGUUUCACAUUAUUUUUAGAGUGCAUUCUCUGGUGUGGAAGCCCAGAUUUGACUUUUUAAAUCUCAACCAAAUAUGUAAGGCUAGAAAGUGGCAUCAUCUUUUUUUUUGUACAACUGUGUAAUUAUUUCUAUAGGUGAAAUAAUUUUGUUGUAAUUAUGUCAUAAUUCAUUUAACUUGCAAAUACACUGAUUCCUAUGAUUUUUUU